AUGGACCCCGCGACGAAUGAUUACAAGGAGUUUGUCACCGACCUCGUCAUUCCGCACCACCGGAUGAAUGUGAACAUAAAUCCCGACCACAUCACCAUGCUGGAGGGCACGAAGAUCAAGAAGCAGCUUUCCCGCAAGCGCCGCGCUCACAAAUCUGGGAUUCUCAGUCGCAAGGAGUACGCCAAGCUCGGACUAAAUACCCUGCCCACCAAGCAGAUGAAGUACGAGGAAGCCCUGCCACUUCACCACCUGUGGAAGGGAUAUGUCCGCGAGCACCUGGAACUUAAGGAGGGAGACCAGGUGCCGGAAGUGCACGAUCCUCGUUACGAAGAGUUCAGCCGCCAGCUGGUUAAACUAGAUCUGCACGGCGCCAAGCUGAAAGUCGUCCAAUCCAAGUGCCGCACCCUGGAGGAUUUAGCUGGGAUCUGUCUCAUGGACACCAAGAACGUGUUGAAGCUCCUCGGCAAGGAUCAUCGGCUGAGGACGAUUCCCAAGAGCGAGUGCGUCUUUGGAAUGAAAGUGGGCAACAUGCAGUUCACCAUAUUCGGUCAACACUUGAAUAUUCGUCCAGCCGAGAGAAGCGUUAAAAAAAUCAAGAACUACGUGGAGCCCUUCAUGUAGGAACUUCAAGAUCAAUCAUUAGCCUAUGAUCCUAUUACUUCAUUCAUAAUAAACACAACAAUUCGAAUUUUUUGGAAAGAAACUCGGUGUUUUUGUGAUAUAUGACACUUUUCUAAAAUAAGGUUUUUCCAAUGUGUAUUUUAAGAAUAUUUUUGAAAAAUUCUUUACAAAAAAUUGAAAUACAACUGU